AUGCAGCUGUUGGUGGUACUUCAUUGUCAUGUUCUGUUUCAUUCAUGCCUGUUAUUUGGUUAUAUAUUUUGUUGCUGGUUACAGAACACAUCUGAAAGGGACAAUGAUGAAGUUGAUGGCAACCAUAUAUGUGGUUUCAGAAAGAAAAAGGGAGUCAAAGGUCCUACAAAGUACAUUCCUCCUCUACAAAAUGCGAAGAUGGAGCUGUCCUGCACUUCAGAGAACCCAGAUUCCUGUCCUCAACAAGGAACUACUGGUUGCUCAGGACCACCAUCAGACCCAUCUCUUCAAAACCUAACUAGCUUUUCUUUAGUAGAGAAGGACAUAGGGGGCAGUGACAGUUCUCAUACUGACAGCAGUGUGAAAGAAAACAUGUCUGGAGAAACACGAGAAAAACAGGAGAAUGAUGGCCCUGGGAAAAGAAUAUUAGGUCAAAUAGAUGAGGAAAUAGAUGAAACAGCUAAAACAGAGAAGUACACAGGUGUGCAACCUGCAAGCAGUGCAGGGAAAACUGUGUGCGCAGAGUCAGCUUGCAGGGGAGAGUGCGAUGAGAAGGCAGAGAGUAAGCAAGCAGAACAGGGUGGGGUGGAAGAAAGAGAUGUCAAGUUUCACAUGACAAAGACGGGCUCCCUGGGCGGUACUGUACCCACACAAGGAUGCGGUACUGCAACCACACAAGGACACGGUGCUGCAAAGUCCUUCCAAAGGGCACCUGGCCUUUCUAAACAAAGCCUGCAAGAGCUGAAAAACCUGCUGAGUGAAGGUUCUCUGCCUGCUCCUAGGCCCAAUUACAGUGGCAAGGCAGGUGGCACUUUCCCUCAGAAAAACAUCAUAAAACCCCAUGACAGGACAGCUGACAAGCAGAGUCAACUCUUUGAGACUUUUAGUCCUCAUUUUGGAGAGAACAGAAAGUACCGCAACUUCCACAAGGAGGGAGUGGGGCAACAGAGCAAACCUCUGCUGGUCCUCAGCUCUGCUGGGUCUGAUCAGCAGCAGUCAGUGGGAAGCAAUGUGGAUCAACUCAUUCUGGGACUACCUGCAGCUUCUCCACAUGCAGAAAGCAAUGCUCCUGAGAUUUCCUUUGACUCCUCUGCAGACCAUGCUGCAUCCAGCAGAGAGCCUGAUGUAAACGGCCUUGGAAGUCCAACUCUCCUUCAACUGUUCUCUCAUAUUGAAUUUAUUAAGCAGCAGAUGGCCAGGGACAACGUACAGUUUGUUAGAUUUGAAUCAAUAGACCUCCAUGGUGUGUCAAGAUCAAAGAAUAUUCCUUCUCGCUUUUUUCAUGAGAAAGCAAUUCAUGGUGUUGCCAUGCCCAGAAGUUACCUUGAGCUGACGCUGAAUCCUAAAGAUAAUGAAUUAGAUUACAUAAAUGCAACCAAUUUUAAUUGUGACAUAAUCCUGAACCCGGAUUUAUCAACAUUUCGAAUACUACCCUGGACUGAGCAGACUGCAAGAGUGAUAUGUGAUUCCUUCACUGUGCUGGGUAACCCGCUAAUGACCUCACCAAGGCACAUUGCCAAGAAACAGCUGAGCCAGCUUCAGGACAAUGGCUUUUCUCUGCGCUCUGCCUUCACUUAUGAAUUUUGUAUUUAUGGCAUUACUGAGGUUGUAAAUUCUAAGACAAUAUCCUUUCCUGCAGCCACGAUACUAAAUAACCACGACCAGACUUUCAUUCAGGAGCUCAUUGAAGGAAUGUAUUAUGCUGGUGCCAACAUUGAAAGCUUUUCUUCUUCCACUGGGCCUGGGCAAAUGGAGAUCACUUUUCAUCCAGCAUUUGGCAUAGAUGCUGCUGACAGUGCUUUCACAUUUAGAACAGGAAUUAAAGAGGUGGCUAAGAAAUAUAACUAUGUGGCUAGCUUUUUCUCAGAAUCAGGAUUCUACAACUCAGGGGCUCUGUCACAUAGCCUGUGGGAUUUGGAUGGCCAGAAGAAUUUGUUUUCUGCUGGUUAUGGAGUUGAGGAGCUCUCAGAUAUUGGAAAAAAUUGGUUAUCAGGUCUCUUGGCACACACAGCAGCUAUCAGCUGCUUGAUGGCUCCUACCACCAGCUGCCGUAAACCUUAUUCUAAAUACAGUAAGGAAUCAAAAGAGACUGUAAACGCAAAAUGGGCAUAUAAUGAUAACAGCUGUGCCUUUAAUGUCAAAUGUCAUGGUGGAAAAGGCACUCACAUAGAGAAUAAGUUAAGUUCUGCUGCAGCAAACCCAUACCUGGUGCUUGCUGCUACUAUUGCUGCAGGUCUAGAUGGAAUAAAGAGAGAACUUAGGUAUGAUGAUAUGCUCCAAGAAGAAAAUCACACUGCUGAUUUGAAACAUUCAUCAGUCCCUCUGAAACUAGAAGAUGCUCUUGUUGCACUCAAGAAAGAUUCUUGCAUUAAGGAAGCAUUAGGUGAAACUUUUAUUCGAUACUUUGUUGCAAUGAAACAUUAUGAGUUAGAAACUGAAGAAAUGGAUAGCGAAAGAAAUAAAUGUUUGGGGUAUUUUAUUUAGAAGAGUACUUUUCUGUAGUGAUGCUGUGUAAAUGCAUACAGUGAAUGGCUAAGAACCUUGAAAUUAUUAAAUAUAUUUUAAAAUGUUUUUAAGCAUUGAACUUUUUUCUACUCCUUUGUAUAGUACAGGGUGAUUGCAUUUUAUUUUCUGUGUAUAUUCAGGACAAC